UCUCAUGUGGGAGAGGCUACACUUUAGGAUUUAGGAUUAGUGUAUGUGUAUAAACUGAGAACCUAGCGUUAGUUAGCUAUCUAUCUUUGCUCAGGAACCCUCCGCUCUCCUUCGCUUCUUCUUCUUCUUCCUCUCGGCGCCUCCAUCGCGCUCUUUGUUGUGGCAGACGGCUGACAUUUGUCCUCCACCAAUAGGAGAGCGCCUUAUUGAGCGGAGGCUGCCAAUAACGUGCGACCUCAUUGGGAGGUGGCGGCUGUGGCGAGAGGCGCGCAGGCGAUCGGGAUACGGUAAAGCAGCGAGCGGGGCAUUUGUUCUCGAUUCCGGUUGGAAAAGUGAAGCUAACUCCGCGCCUUAGCUGCAGUAUUUGGCGAGGCGUCGGUGCGGGGAGUCGGUGUGAGGCGGUAUCCGGGAGUAAUCGGUAGCUGAGGUCGUCGUGUGAAGCGCGGGAACACAUUCAAACCCGCCCGCCCACCGAUCUGACGUGUGUCCGCGGAGCCGCGCUGCGGGACUCGGACCCACACCGGAGAACUAGCUUAGCGCGGUUAGCACUGUUAGCUGACCCCGCUAGCUUUAGAUAACAGCCGGGGGAGAACUCAUAUUUACACAGUUCUGCCUUCAGUUCAGGGCUCUCUCCUGCCCGCCCUGGCCCGGUCCUGAGCUCUGAGCUAAAGCUAAGCUAACUUGGCUAACUAACUAGCUAACAAACAAACAAAGCAUGGCGGAAUUCUUGGAAGACCCGUCGGUCCUCACCAAGGAGAAGCUGAAGAGUGAGCUGCUCGCCAACGAUGUUCUUCUGCCCAGCGGAGAGCACAAGAAAGAGGUGUAUAUCCAGCUGUACCUGAAGAACCUCACCGCUCAGAACAAGAGGAAAGCUCCCCCAGCGGACACCUUCUCCAGCGACGAGGAGAUCACACCAGUGCUCUCCAACAGGAGCCGCUCUGGAAAGAAAGCGACAAAAAAGACGGAUAAAGCUCGAAAAGAGGAGGUGGAUGUUUUCAGUCUUACUGAUGAAGACCUAAAGGUUCAGCUGUUAAAGUAUGGAAUCAAUCCAGGUCCCAUUGUUGCUUCAACUCGUAAACUGUAUGAGAAGAGACUUCAAAAGCUGUUGGAUCAGCCGCCGUCGGAGACCACACCACCUGAACCAGAGACUGCAGUUCCAGAGACGGUCACUCUGAAGGCUGAUGGAAAUCAGAACGGCAACACAAACUCUGUGGAGGAUCAGUACAGUGACAAGGAUGAAGCUGCAGAUCCAGAACCAGAGCCAGUUCCCGUAGCCAGCAAACCAGUGAGAAGCAGAGGAAAGACACCAGUCACCACUAGGACAAGCAGCAGACAACGCAGCAAGCUGGUGGAGGAGACACAGCAGGCAGAUUCUGUGGAUGGACGUGAUCUUUUAAAAGAUUUGUUCCCUAAUGAGCCUGCUACACCAACAGGCAUUACUGCAACUUGCCGAAGGCCAAUCCAUGGAGCAGCUGGACGCCCAGUGAGGCCAAUGGACCUUUGGCCGGAGGAGUCCCUCCUACAGAAAAGUGUGUACACCACCACCACUACCACCACCAAAUCAUCCCUCAUGGACAGUCGUAGUGCUCCAUCUUCUGUCACUCCUCCUGCUCGUCGCUCCUUCUCCAUCUGGCUGAAACUUCUGGUGUUUCUCACAUUAGUGGGCACUCUUUUCUACAUCUUCCAGAAUGUGACCCCUGAGCAGAUUGACACCUGCAAGCUCUUUAUACAGGACAGUGUGGUCAAUCCACUACUCAGUGCUAUUGGCGUCGUUGAUCAGGAAGAGAGUGGUGGUGGCAAAUAAGCACUGCCACUGUGUCUCCAGAACGUGUGCAUGAGCUGUCUUUACCCUCAGACUUUAGUUUCAACCCCAUACCUGGUUGGUUGAAAAGUCAACAUUUUUGCAGGGUUUUUGGUUAUCGCAGUACAACUUCGCAGUCGUGUCUGAAAAUACUUGUUUUUAAGUAGUCUUUAAAUUUUGUGUGAAUUGUGUUUUCAUCAUGCUUUUUUUGUUUUUGCUGUUUUGUAGCAGGUAAUAUGAGAGAGGAAGGAAUAGUAUUUGUCUAGCCUUGUAUCAUGGUGAACAGUUGCCAGUAUGUCAGUAGCACUUCAAGGACUUCCACCCCCUAUGAAGACACAUGUUUUGAAAAUCAACAAACCUAAAAUGGUUCAGUGUGUGUUGAACACGGGUUGUAUGAGCCUAAUGUGAAUUUAACAUACCAUACCUGUUAAAAGGCAGAACUUGUGUGCAUUGGACUUGAGUUACAAUUACUGUAUGUACAUAAAAUUUGAGGUUUUAGGUUAUUUUAAUCUGACAGGUUCAGGACAGCAAAAUGUCUUGUUUGGAAAUAGUAUCUUUUACUAAGCAGUUAGCUUCCAUCUAAGUGUAUUGUAGCAUUGAAUUGUGCUCAAACUAAUAGACUACCAGGUCAGUUAUGCAGUUUGCUUUUAGUGCCACAUGAAGUUCUGGUCUUCACCAGAGUCUGGCCCACAGCUCUGCUCUCUCAGGCAAUAGAUGGCGUUUCAGUGCCAUUAACUGGUUCAUUUUGUGAUAGAUGACGGCUCAUUUAGUGUGUCAUAAUAUAGUCGUCAUGUGAUGUGAGUAUAUAGCUUUGGAAAUGCUUAAAUCUGUCAUGACACUUUCCAUUGUCAAAAAACACUGUUUGUUUUUUUGUUUUUCCUCUUCUAUUUUGCCCCUGGUCAAACACUGGUUAUCUGGCCAAAAUAUGAAUUGAUUUAUUUGCUCUAAUUUAAAAGUUGGCAUUAAGAUACAUUUGCCAAGCAUGAAAUUCCUUUUACCUUUUCAAUCAGAUGAAUACAUUUGUGGUAACCUUUUGUUCUGAAGUUUUCUUUUAUAUUUUACUACUUGGAAUUAAAGUGCUUUUGCUUUUUUAACUGCAAUAUUUUUCUAAUAUCUCUUCUUAAACAAGUAAACUGAGUGGAAUGAGAUGUGUACAUCUCAACAAAUGCUGUCAGCAUUUGUUUCUACCUGCUUUCCAAAGGCAGAAAUGGUUUUUAAAAAUGGUGAAAUUUGCACUUUGUCACAGGGCAGCUAACAGGUAAAAAGGUAAAUAUGAAAUUUGGACGUUUUCCUUCUGAUUAAAUUGAUUGUUUUAUCAUUUGGUUGAAUACAGUAAUGGUGUGAAAUAAAACAUGAAAGACAGCUUAA